AUGACCAGGAAGGUGUUCACCAACACCAGGGAGCGUUGGCGCCAGCACAACGUCAACACCGCCUUCGCCGAGCUCCGCAAGCUCAUCCCCACCCAUCCUCCGGAGAAGAAGCUGAGCAAGAACGAGAUCCUGCGCCUGGCCAUGCGCUACAUCAACUUCCUGGUGCAGCUGCUGGAGAGCCAGAGCGGCCAGCCGGCCAGCCACUCCCCCACCGCGCUGCUCACCUUCCUCAGAGGGAACAUGGAGCAGCUGCACUCCCCUCCUCACCCCUGGGCGCUGAACAGCGACACCGAAGCUCCGUCACCCGGAUCCAGCUGCGACAGCUCCGAGGCCUGGUAG